AGGACCUUAUAAAUAAUCUCAUGCGAUGAGUUCUCGGCCGUUACCUGCCUUCCUCCAUGUGUAAUGCGCAAGAGCUACCGUUUGAUCUGUUACCCCCAAUACUGGUGCAGUUGAGCGAUCGUCGGGACUUGCAUGCUUGUGCUCUUGUCAGCAAGGCCUUCAACCGUGUAACCACACCUUUACUCUACCAUACACUCGACUCCAGAGUCAUCUCGAAGCAUUUGAUACAUCAUCCGUCGGCGACACUGAAAGAGAAACCGCAUCUGGCGCAGUAUGUUAGGCAUGUCACGGAAACUGGUUCUGUUCACAGAGGACUUAUGCCAAGAUAUCCCAACAUUACUCAGGACACCUUGGCUGCGCUUUCUUCGUGUUCGAACUUGCAUUCGAUGACCUGGAUUGACGAUACAUCAACUACCGGCCCAAUACUGCUUGUCUUCCUGGCGGUGUUGCGAAAAUUACCUCUUCGAUCUCUCACCAUUCGUACACACAGCGAUAUCGGAGAGAAAGUCUGGCAGGAGCUCAUCACAUUUACCGGCCUUGAGAAGGUGUCAAUAUGGUGUAUGGAAGGGCCUCCUCGAGUUCUACAGGGUUGGUCAACUGCCCUUGGGAAGACGCUCACACAUCUUGAACUGGGACGAUGCGCCGGCGUUCCACCUACAAUUCUCAUUACAGUCAUCUCCCAUCUCCCUCUCCUGCGUGACCUUCGACUCAAGGGUGCACCAGCCAGUUCCAUUUGGCACAUCCUGUCUUAUCUACCUCAACUGAGAUCGCUCGACACUGAAUACCUUGGAGGAGGAGGAACAUCUGGUAACUUUCGCCGCACACAAUCGCUCCCCGUACCUGGACAAUCCGCUCACCUACAAAAGCAACCGCCGCUACCCACAUUGCGCAACCUGAUUGUUCGUGCGACAACUGUUGACCAGAAAAUAUGGUCAUGGAUACGUGAACUAGUUCCAAAUCCUGGCCUAGAGUCUCUUAAAAUUCAUGCUUUCACUCUUUUCGACAAUAGUAUGAUGUCCUACGUAGAGUCGAUCACUGGUAGUGGGCAUGCGACGAUUCCUCGCAUGUUCAUAUUGGACAUGGCAUUGGUCCAUAGGGAUACGCUGAAAAGAUUUGAAGUAGCUGGAGCUGGGUUAAUGACUUUGGGAGAUCUCGAUUGUUUGACUGGUGUGUUCCCCAAAUUAGAGGUUCUUGGGUGUAACGUAGCCAGUCGAGAUGCGAAUUCCAUCAAGCAAUCUAUACGAAGUGCGCGCAACCUUAUGACGUUGAUGGCGCAGAUACGGUGGAUACCAGACCAUACUGGUGCGGUGAGCCAGCACCAGUGGACCUGUUUCACUAUCGACGAUGCAAGAGACUUGAUGCUGAGGACAGAGGACAGUCGCCUUAGAACUAUUGGAGUGGGAUCAUUAUUGUAUGUGGGCAGAUGGAUUCACCCAGGGCCAAUCUUCGAAGUUGUUGAGAGCGUUGCGGGGGAUAAGUGGUCGACGUGAAUUUGAUCAUCUAAAGGAUUGGAAAAGGACUGUACAAAACAAGGAGGGUAUGUAUGUAUUCCUGGUCCUGCAAUUAAAUAAUCUUCUAGAGACACCGAAACUCAUCGUCGUCAACGUCGAUUGUUCUUCAAGAUUUACAAAUGGACUCACGUAGGACGUGCUCGGAUGGAGAGUGAGAUGAGAAGUUAGUGUUUUUCGCCCAUGGAACUUGGAGAUUUCCACGUAAAUGGAUCGCUCAGACAAAAUACAUCACGGAGGAGUGCACACUCAUGGUAGGGCCGAGCGCUUGCUGGAGGUAGCACAUAUAAAUAAUACGAGGAGAAACGGCAAAUGAAGAAGUGUGAAACGGUGUGGUGGACUACUAACAUUGAAUAAUAAAAGCGUAGCAG